CCUAAUUCGCAAAGUUUGCCAGUCCUCAAAUGUUCAUUUGUGUUUACACAACUGGUUGGCAGAAAGAUACGGAGUAUUAUCGAGGGUGAAGAAAAAACCUCCCUAAAAAUGUACACUUUACAUUUCAUCGCAAAUGCUUGUACUUCCAUAGAGCUGUAAUAAUGUGACGAAGUGGACCAAAACAGCGUGCGCAGAUCCACACGUAUGUACACAUGUACCAGUGCACACAUAGGCGGGACUGCAGACGUACGAUACGUAUAAAGACACAACAUCGCUUGCAGUCUUCCCAUAGUUAAUUGAAAUAAGACUCUGCCUGUGAGCCGUGCCCCUUUUUAACAAUUUUACCCUCCUCCAUUUCAUCUGCGCCUCCACCUGAAACUUCCCCCGAUUUGAUCUACACCUGCCCAGUUGUGGCUUUUCCAAAAUGGGGUUGAUCAAAAGUAUUUUUUACCCGAACAUUAUCCCAAGGAUCAAAAAUGAAAUCAAGGGUUACAACAUCAAUCAGAGUGUGAAGAAGGCACUGGUGUCCGAUACAGGUAUCCUGACCAUCCACUUCUGGGCACCUACAUUUAAAUGGUCCAUCUCCCUGGCGAACAUCGUUGAUAUAAAUAGGGACCCAAAGCUGCUUUCCCUGCCCCAGCAGUUUGCCAUAUGUAUGACCGGAUUGCUGUUCACAAGAUUCGCCUACGUUAUUAAGCCGCGAAAUUAUAAUUUGCUGACCAUAAACUUCUUCAUGAGCUUAACGGCGCUGUAUCAGAUUGCGCGCAUCGCAAAUUAUAAGUAUAACACGGAGUAUAAAAAUGGGGGCAUUGGUGAAAAAAAGGACGGCGAGCAAUGA